AUGCACGGACACGGAGGACACGGAGGACAUUAUGAAGGCGGCCAUGGAGCCUAUGAACAUCAUCAAUCCGGGCAUGGAAUUGGUCAUCAUGAAUCGGCUGUGAAUCACGGAUAUUCAACUGGUCAUGGCUAUGCACAUGACACUCAUUCAAAUAUGGGUUACGGUCACAACGGAUCUCAUCAUCAACCAGUCUAUCCAUCUAAUGGUCAUCAUCAAGUCGAGAAGCGAAACAAUUAUCGUGCGGCGAAACAUCGUCGCAUCGUCUUUUUUGAAGACUCCACGUCAAUGACGGCU